AUGUGCAACGCUGCGUCAGCAGUACGUCCUCCGCCUGUGUUCAGCUUAGAUCGUUACGGCACUCUCAGCCAAAUGCUUCGAGUCACUGCAUGGGUUGCCAGGUUCAUCAAGAACACCCAUCCCAGAAAAUCACACAACCGCGGCCCGUUGACUGCAUCCGAGAUCGCCGAAGCGGAGCUAUACUGGAUUCGGCAAGUCCAAGAGGAAGUCUUUCACGAAACCCUCGCAAUUCUUCGUCGUGCCGAUCCACUGCCCCGCUCGUCACGACUCGCGGCACUGCGGCCUUUCCUGGACAGCGACCAGAUCCUGCGUGUCGGGGGUCGACUAGCUGAGCUUCUUGAUUCAGACAGCUUGAAACAUCCUAUCAUCUUACCAAACACGCACCUGUUCACGCAUCACACCGUGAUGCACACACAUGUACGCUUGUGCCACGCAGGGGUCCAGACGACGCUACUUGACCUGCGCAGUCGCUUUUGGAUCCUGAAGGGGCGUCAGGCAGUGAAGUGUGUCGUCGCUAGGUGCCUCGUAUGCCGCCGCAUGAAGCUUCGACCAGAGCACGCUCCAUUCGCUCCACUUCCGCGUGACCGCAUAACCGAGUCCGGACCAUUCCAUGUCAUCGGCGUGGAUUUCUGUGGCCCCCUUUAUGUCAAGCAGGGUCCGACUGUCACGAAGAGUUACGUCGCACUUUUUACGUGCGCCGUCACGCGAGCCGUCCACCUGGAACUUGUUAGCGACAUGACCACUUCCUCGUUCCUGCUCGCCUUUCGGCGCUUCAUCGCGCGACGCGGCGUUCCAUCCGUAGUCUAUUCGGACAACGCCCGGACCUUCCGAAGAUGCGCCCGUAUCCUCGCUCUCCUGCCCGCCGAGGAUGUGCAAAACUUUGCCGCCAACCUUCGCAUCACCUGGAAGUUCAAUGUUCCCUACGCACCUUGGUGGGGCGGGUGGUGGGAGCGGAUGAUUCGGACCAUGAAAAGCGCACUGAAGGUCUCACUUGGACGAACGCGUCAGACCUUUGAAGGGCUCACCACGUUGCUCCACGAAAUUGAAGCGGUGAUAAAUAGUAGGCCGCUAACCGGUGUGAGUUCUGAUCCCAACGAAGCGCCACCAAUUACGCCCUCUCACUUCUUAACCGGCGGCAGAUCAAUGCAGCUCCCGGCAUCUCCAGAAGAGGAGCAGGUUGGGACGACGACGCUGCACAGGCUCAGGGAAGAGCAGCUGCAAGCUCUCGCAAUGUUUUGGCGGCGGUGGAAGAGAGAGUACCUCCUCCAGCUGCGCUCCGCCCACGAAAGUUCCCGCGGUGACCCAACGGCGUUGAAGGCGGGUGAUGUAGUCAUCGUGGGAGAUGACUCAACACCACAGCUCCUCUGGAAAAUGGCAAUCGUAACCGCCAGCCACCCGGGUCGAGACGGCGUCGCAAGAGCAUUCACGCUAAGACUGCCGAACAAACGACAUAUCGUGCGCCCUGCGCAGCGGCUCUACCUACUCGAAGCUAGCGUGGAUCCUGGCCCCGGGGAGGAUGUUAAAGAUUGA